AUGGUUGCCAGUUUGUACCAACAGCAAACCAUCAAGAUCACAGAAUACAAUGACCUGCAUGAUCAGACUUGCGUGCUGACUCCAAGUUUACCACUAGAAGUUAUGGUCCUACCACCAAAUCAAGAAUACACAGUCACCUACUCAAUUAACUUCUCCACUGUGUAUUCAACAACAUGGACUUCAGACCUUGAAGCAGGCAUCUUUGUUCAUGAAUACUACUAUCUACAUUGCCCCUCAUCACAGAUCAUCGAUUUAUGGUGCUAUUUUUGUUUUGUCCCACCCACGUCCCACCCACAAUAUUUCCUCGUGGUUCACCCCACUAUUCACCACACUGUUGAAGCCAAACUGCAGGCCUUGCGCAAGAAACAGAGGAGAUAUUAUGAAAACACACCCUCCGUCACAGCUGAGUCUAACAUGAAUGACCUGUUGGAUGACAAGGUUGACUUCAAGGCAAUUGUUACUUUAUCUGACUGUUUAGGGCUCAUAUGCAAUGCGAAGAAUAAAGUCCUGCAAAUCAUUCCUUCUGUGGUACCCACAGUAUACAUUGAGAAUGUCCUUCGAAAAUAUGCGAUGUCAUUGCACACCAGUGUUGCCAGGAACAUUGAGAUAUUCGGGGAUACAGUCAAGCACAUUGAGCCCUAUUUGAUCUGGGCACAGCAGGGGCAGGAUAAGAUUUUUAACAUGUGUGGCAUAUCUAUGUUGGAGGAUCUUUACAGACUAGCUGUUCUGGGUGACCUUGACGAAGCCUACUUACUUGGGGAAACCAUGUACCAGAAAGUCUUGGGACUGGAGGCUCCUGGAGUCUAG